AUGAUGAUAGCAAUGAGCAGUGAACAAUUCAUUUUAGCUUACAAAUUCAUUUUAUCUCUUCGAUUAUCAAAGACAUCAAGCCGAACGGUCGCCAUAUCGGGAUGUGAUACAGGGUUUGGACAACUACUUGCCAUACGCUUAAUAAGCAUAGGCGUUCCUGUAAUCGCUGGAUGUUAUUCAAACAAAGGUGAAGAAGAGUUAAAGAAGAAAACAAACAACAGCAAAAUACUUCAUACUUUACCAUUGGAUGUUAGUAAUGAUGAAAGCACAAAGAUAUUUGCUGAGAAUGUUGGAAAAAUUGUUGGAAACAAGGGGUUGUGGGGAGUCGUAUGUAAUGCUGGAAUCUUAGGAAAUUCUGGACCAGACGAUUGGCUGAAUGUCAACGAUUAUAUUCAAGCCAUGUCUGUCAACACCUUUGGUGUCAUGCGAUUCGCUCAAAAUUUAAAAAAAUACGUGAAAGUUCAAAAAGGAAGAGUGGUAAUAAUAUCUUCCAUUUCUGGACGAACGCCUCGACCAACGGUUGGUCCUUAUUGUGUUUCCAAACAUGCUGUGGAAGCUUAUGCUGACGUCAUAAGACAUGAACUAGUUGAUUUUGGCGUUUCCGUGCAUUUGUUGGAACCUGGCUUCUUCACCACCAACAUUACACAGACAGCUACUAAUGAUCUUGAUAAGGUUUGGGCGCGCCUCGAUGCAGAAACCAAGACAGAGUACGGCGACAAAUUCUUUGAAGAUUAUAAAAAUUCUCGUUUCUCUCGACUCUCCCACUGCGCGGAUGAUUUGGAUCCCGUGAUUAACGCUUACGAGCAUGCACUCUUAGCCCGUUUCCCAAAAGCUAGAUAUUGGGUUGGAUUAGAUACAAUCCUAUUUUAUAUUCCUCUUGCUACUUUGCCAACUUUCGCUCAAGAUCUCUUUAUCUCAUUCCAAAGAAGAAAUCGCCCCAGACCAAACUCAACUCUUUAA